CAGCUGCCGUGUUCUGAAUUCAAGCGAGCUAACAUGAGCUUCACAGGAGAGGAGAUUGUACAGCGGAUAAGCAGCAACAGGACAAUUAGACCUCGGGCUUUAUGUGUAUGAUAAAAUUAUUUUCUGAAGGGGAAAGACACCUGCCUUCAACGGGUGUUCAGAGUCUUCAUCAGCUGCUCAGGGUGAUCAUCCCUGCUUCUCUUCAUCAUCACACACCACCUGUGAAGCAAGGCAAGGUCAGUGUAGGUGUGAAGAACCUUGCUGACUACUGCAGUGGCUGGACAGGAGUACGCAACUCAGGAAGAUGGCAUCACCCUUUGUGCCUGUCCCUGUGCCCAUGGACAGAGCCUUGUCAGGAGGUAGCAGCAAGCUCAGACGGCCACAGCGAGCUUCAUCACUCGGCAGCGUCUCCAGCAGCUCGUCCUGUUCAUCUAUCACCAGGGCGGCCGGGGAGGACCACGGAAGAGGAUGUGGAGAAUUAGUUUCCCAGCGCCAGUCCCGCUGCAUAGACAGAGGCAGCCGGAGCAGGACGCCACCGCCCCCCCAGAGUCCUGUGACACGGGCUAAGGUGAACGGGACUCUGGAACCCUCCAUAGAGUACUCCAGCUGCCCCCGCUCCAUAUCGGACCCUGUUGGGAGCCAGCAAGGCGAGGAGAGGCCUAUUACGCCAACUGUGCUGGGGUAUGAGGUCAUGGAGGAGAGGGCCAAGUUCACGGUAUUUAAGGUCCUGGUCAGGAAGACUCCAGAUGAGAGCUGGGUUGUUUUUAGAAGGUACACAGACUUCUCCAGACUCAAUGACAAGCUGAAGGAGAUGUUCCCAGGCUUCCGUCUCUCGCUGCCUCCUAAGCGGUGGUUCAAAGAUAACUAUGACAGUGACUUCCUGGAAGACAGACAGUUGGGGCUACAGGCCUUUUUGCAAAACCUGGUUGCACAUAAAGACAUUGCCAACUGCCUGGCCGUGAGAGAGUUUCUGUGUCUGGACGACCCACCUGGGCCUUUUGAUAGUCUGGAGGAGAGCAGAGCGUUCUGUGAGACUCUGGAGGAGAGCAACUAUCGUCUCCAGAAGGAGCUGCUGGAGAAGCAGAAGGAGAUCGCCUCCCUGAAGAGGCGGCUGGAGGAGAAGGAGCAGGCCAUCCUGCUACUGGAGAAACAUAUCAAUGGAGAGUGUGUGAGCCCAGAGUCUCUGUGUGGUCUGUCAGCUCGUGGCAGUGAGAGCAGUGCAGAUGCAGAUGUGGAUGUGGAGUCGUCUGCUGCAGAGGCUGAUCAGGACAUGCCCGAUGAUUCUGGCAGUGCUGCACCAAUCUGAAAGCAGAGCCCCAUAACAUUGGCAGGUGUGAGGUCCAGCCGAUGCGGUCCUCUGCUUGUUGGUGUGGGCCGUCGCUCAGCGCCUCUCCUCCGGUCAUCCAGGUCACUCAGCUUUACCACCAGAAGCUCGAGCACUGACAGCGGUCACAGUUCUCCUCUUCAAGUUUUUCCUUCAUCUGCUCCUCCCUUACCAGAGUACUGCACCUCCACUUAUGUCUGGGUGCUUUUCAUAACCUUCUUUUGUUUUUUCUGCUCCCUCUUCGGCCUUACCUCUUCCUCCUCCUAUCAAAGCCCCCUUUUCACUUCCAGAGUUGGAUCUGAUUUAACCUUUAACUCAAGAACUGCGUACUGGGAUAUAAGGGAACAGGUUGAUACUGCAGCAGCCUGUUUCACUUACAUUUCCCUAUAUACCAUGGCUCAAAAGAUACUUUAUCUAGCACCUACAGAAGACUUCUUUCGGAAGAUCAUCCAGAAUUUUUCACUUUCGCACCUCCUUUCUGUGGCCGCCAGAUUGGAUCAGUUUGAAAUUGAAAAGAAAGACUUGCACGACUGGGUGGUUUGAUGAUUUUCACAGUUGUGACAAUCUACAGAAAACCUGAACUAUCAGCUCACCAGUUUCUGCAGACGUGCAUUACCUUAUGGCUCCUAACUUGUGUCAAGAUGCCCAUUCUCAAACUGGAGAAACAACACCCAACAUAGAAAUAAGGAAAAAGUCUGUAUAAAUUAAAUGUCUCAGGAAAGUAACCAGGUGGGUAUCACAGAGGAUUGAUUUGGUUCUGUUUAGAGUUACUUACAUGUCAUUGCUUUGUACUGCCACUGACUCUUGGCUGCAGACAUUGUGUCUACAGCCUCAGUGCGAGUCGAUGAGAACACCAUGUUCUCAAGUCAUGCCCGUCUUCUCCAUUAAGAGUCAAUGAGGCUGUGAUCAGACAUGUAAGAAGAAAACAUGUUUUCAGUUUAGGUCGAACUCUGUUUACAUCUAAAAGCCGACAUUCCCUCAUGUUUUUUGUGCCAUGCAUGAUUUGUGGUAUACCAAGUCCUGUGAGAGACAGAAAAACCAGUAUCAUAUAGCACCCAGAGAGAGAGCCAGGGAAAUGUGUCCUAUUGUUACUUUUCUUUUCCCAGUCACAGUUCCUCCUAUACACACAUCACAUCGAUUCAAGUCGACAAAUAUGUACAACACUAGAUGUCUUCUGGCACUUUCCCUGUUAAGAGUGUAGACUGGGCCUGCACUUGCAUCAGUCGAGCUCUACAAAGAUAUCAUGACCUGGGUGCAAGUAAACGAUCAGUUCACCCAUUUUGCAAAAAGACACAUUUUUCUACUUAGCCCUGCUGGUGUGAAGCCAGGUAGAUGGUUUAGAUUUCAUUUGCUGAAAAAGGUUUCUGCCUCUAUCUUGAUACAAUUAAGGUAAGUGGAGUUUUGUUUGUGCUGCUCAACGUAUGGAAAGAUUACACAUGGAAAAACUCAGCUUUUGACUUUGCAUUGCUGGAAGCAGACUUUCCAGAGCCAGAUAUCUCAAAAUCUCUGCAAGGAAAACUCAAGCUAACCGCAGUGCUGGGUACAUGUAAGAGUAGAUGAGAAUGUUAUUUUUUACUUUGUAAUUUGGGUGAACUAACUCUUAAAGGAACUUGAAAACAGUUGAUCAUUUAUUUAUUUUAAGAUUAACCUCAGCUCUAGUCAAGGAUGCUGAAAGACACUCCUCCAUAUAUAUAUAAAUGUCAGAGUGGUGUUGGUUACCUGAAGAAAAACAGAAAGCUAUGAACUGACAAACAAACCACAACUGAGCAAAUUGAGGGAAAACGAGAUGCAGGGUCUGUUUCAGUUUGACACCACAAAUAAAUUGAGGCCAUUGAAAGGAAGAUGGCAAACAUAGUACAUUUCAGGAAGAACUUGGUGACAUAAGUGACUGAAAAACACCAUCAGCCUAGGAGGCUCUGUGUCAGCAUCCGCUGCUGCCAAGCCUACACAUCAUCUGCAAAAGCCAUAUUUUUAGACCCAAAUAACACUUCAGGGUAGAGAUUUCAUAUGUGGCAGCAUGUGCUGAUCAGCUGAUCUCACUAAUGAAGUGUGUAAUAACCACAACUAAUGCUGAAUUAUCUCAAACUAGGCCUAAAUAAAGGUCAUGCAAUGCACUUUAUGGAUGAAUGGCAACCCAUAAUGUUUGCUAGGAUACGGUUUUUACGACUUCAUGUGUUUGAGACAGACGCGUGCCUUUUCAAUCACUGACUCUGUCUUGAUUCUCAAGUGGAUCUGACGCGUUUAUGUGUGAGUAGUGUAUAUGGAGUUGUGUUUAGGUUUUGUUCUGUAAAUUCCCUUCAUGCGUCAUUCUAAGUGCCUUGAACAUAUUUCACUUAACUUUUCUUUUGAUGUGUUUCAAUAGCUUUAUAGAGUUGUGCAGGACAAGAAACAAUUCAUAAUGUUCCUCUGGUGGAAAUAAUCUUUUAAAUGACACUCGUAUGUAAAUGUUGUUGCUUGGAAUAGACUGAACUGAGAUGUUUUUGCGAUAUUACAUGGAUUAAUAUGAAGUCUUAGUUCACGUGUACACCCAUAGUUGCACUGUACUGGAUUUAUAUCCAUAACCUUUGGUAUCACUAUUAAUGUCCUGGGUUUAAAGGGAUAAUUCACUGAGAAACCUGCUCUGAAAUGGAUGUUGUAGAUACUGUAACAUACCAUAGCAGAGAUUUUUUAUCACAAAGGAAUAUUUAAGUCACACACAACUAAAUGUGGAAUGAUAUAUCGAAUACACAUGUGUUUCCUCGGCUUUAAGGUCUCUGCUUUCAUGAAAUUUAAUGAUAUUGUGCACUCGGUCAUGCUUGGGUGACGUCAGCUGUCAGGUCUGAUCCGUCUGCAGAGAGGAUGUAGGCUUACAGUUGAGACCGUUUUAAAAGUGUGUUGCUUUCAAAAUGUAAUAAAUUCUUCCAACAUGAACCUUUAUGACCAUCAUAUCUUUUCAGCUGUAACCCCAGGAAAUACCUUAGUAGUUUCACAAGGGAGGGGACCACAUGCUUGCUCUUGCACCCUACAGCACAGCUUAAUUAUUCAGGAAUUUGAUUGUACAACACAUCUAGCUUUUCACACGAUUUUCCGGCUGGCUAUUUUGAGUUUUUAUUGACAUUUUCUGCUUUGAUGGGUGCCUCAAAGCAGAAACGAUCAUAAUCGUAUCAUUUCUAUGAAAGAUUUUAAGCUUUUGACCCUGUUUUUGGUUGCCAUGUAUUUUGAUGGAAAGUUCAGUCAUAGGCCAAGGAAAAAGAAUAACAGCAAUAGCACCACCACACUGUCAUUUAUUAUAUGACAUUUGAUAGGCGGAUAACUGGAACCUUGAGGUGUAAAUGCUAAUUUCAUAUUUUCCUGGAUUCCGUCUUUCAAAAAGAAGUUCAUGUAAGAAGUGUAUCGGCCACAUCAGGCCUUCCAUAAACUAAUUUUCUGCCAUUCAGAAUUUUUGGCAAAAGCAAAGCAGUUUCACUAAAGUGCACAUGAAAUUCGGAUAUUUAUCCAUUUGUUUGUUGAUACACCAGGCAGUUUUCCCACAGCUGGCUGCAAAAUUCUAGUCGUGGCCAUUUAUCAAACAGGUCCCAGUGUAGGUGGAAAAAAGACCAAACAUCUUGCAUUAUUAACAAAACACAGAUGAUUGGCAGCUCUGUGUGCCCUCAGAGGGCUGCUACUGUGACCGCGACAGCUGUUUCUUAUUCUUUGAAGGGAGGUAUGUGCACACACAACUGUGGUUUACAACCGUUCAUCGAGCUGUUUAAAGUCACAUAUAGUAACAUCUUUGUAAUUUGACACACAUGGCAUGACUGCUGAGUUCCGCACUGAGGACACAUCAGGCACUCUGCAGGUGUCAGUGGGAGAAGAGAGACAAACAUUGUUACCUUUGCAUUACUCACAUUAGUGUAUUAAUCUUCUCUUUCUUUCAAACAUUACAAGUGGAAAACCUAAGAGGAGAGCUGUUGUCUCUAAUGCAUGUAGCACAACCAUAUACUAAAAAGUGAGGGAAGGUAUUUUUUGUCAGGUCCACAUUAUUUAGUUUGUAAAUUAAGAAUGGGGAGAGCAAAAAAAAACAUUUUUAGAUCUGCGAGGGACAGUGUGACAGCUGAUGUUACAGCUGUUGUCAUCAUCUUCUACCUUUCUGACAUGUUUGCUGUGGCCGUCCUGCAUUUUCACACAAAAUGUUCACACGAAAUUUCUCAUACCAGCUGUGAAGCAGCAUCACGACGAUUUGCUGCCCGUCUGUACCCUCAGUGUCAAAAUCAUAGUGGACCUUUACAGAUCUGGGUAGAUUCACCCAAACCCCUUUCAGGCUGGCUGCAUCCUGUCACACCCCUCAUAGUGAUAAAUACUUCACAUGUUUAAUUUAUCCUUAUUUUUAUUUUCAUCUUUAAUCAACUCUGUUUUACCUAUGGCCAAUUAAUACUGUGGUUUUAUGCACUGUCUUUAUCUUCAUUAUCAAGUGGGUUUUAUUCUCCAUCUUAGUUUACAUUCAUUUUUCAUCUGU